ACUUAGAUCGAGUUAUUUAAGAAACUUUUGGACAUGUACAACUGGAAAUAUCAAUUCUUACUAAUAAACAGAAGGGUUUCAUUAUAAGUGAUAAUAGUCCUCAAUGAACACCUCCGAAAGUGAGGCUGUCACCGACACCACCGAUUGUCCAGCUUGUAAGCGCAGCGGCUCAAAGCGGUCGGAGUACCGAUCCUUACGACACCGCAACUCCCUAAAAGGACCAAGAGUCGUUGAAGAACACUGGACUAAAGUCUUGCAAGCUAACGAGUGUGUCUACAGCCGUCAGUGUAGCUGUCGACAUGCCGAGCGAUGCAGAUCCUUCAAACGGCGAGGAUCUCGACGAAAUACACAAAAUGUCGAUACAGCUGUCUCGUCAAUCUUCCAGAGAUUUCGGAUAUGGUUGAAUUCAAAAUGGAAAGUUCAUGAAACAUUUGAUGGUCCUUUCCGUACCGGGUCGUUGAGGAAAUCCAAACGUAUUAUCAGCGAUGCUACCACCGAUUCGGGACUGUCUGAAUAUGAUUCUGACUCUAAUAUCUCGCUUCAGAACAGAAUUGGACUGUACAGAACUGGAGGGGGAAAUGCCGUUAUAUCGGAUACGGACGAUCCUAAUUACGUUUAUAUUAGGAACAAAACACCUUUAUGUGAAGAUCAAAAAGAUGCCAGCGAUUCAAAAGCUAAUUUUGUUACAAAACAUACAUUGCACGUGCCUUCUUCAGCGACUUCCGGAAGUCCCAAUCAGAAUGACAAACGCUAUUGUAAACACAAACAAUUCCUCCAGGUGACUGAACCGGAAGAAAAGAGGCAGCCAUUGACAAUCACAACUAGCUUUCCGGGUAAAUCUCAGAGUACAUCUCGUCACACGGAGUCUCAGAACGAGAACCCGAUCGCGGAUUUCUUUGGGACAUGGCCUAUGUCAAGAAAGCGCCAUCAGAUGACGGAAGGAGAUCUAGAUUCCGUAUUCGAAGACGACGGACGUUUAGCACCAAGGUUGUCCUGCUCAGAGAGUCUCGAUGGUAACGCGGGCGAAUUCCUCAUCCCAUAUAAAGAUUUAGAACACGAAGAAUUGCUCAAAUCCGGACGCACGUGCUCUAUAUACCGUGGUCGUUGGCAUGGGAACGUGAACAUACAUCAUUAUGGUCCGCUGAAGAAGGAGGAAUCACGGGAUUUCUGGAGCAUGGUCACGAAAUUACACAGAGUGCGACAUGAAAAUAUUGCACUUUUCAUGGGGGCAUGUGUGGAUCCCAACCAUUUUGCAGUAGUGCUAAGUGUUCAAGAUGGAGUUUCGCUGUACGACCAUAUACAUAGACGUAAAGAUAAAAUGAAUUUACAGAAUAAGAUCCAGUGCCUCCGACAGGUGGCGCAUGGUGUAGGUUACCUUCAUGCUAAGGGUAUCGUCAUCCGGUGUCUCAGCACGCGCAAUGUCUUCAUGUGUCCUAAGGCACGGGUCAGCGUGAUGGACUAUGGGAUAGCCGAUAAGUAUUCAGACAGAUCACAGUAUGCCUGCGUUCCACGUGGACAAUUGACCUACAUUGCACCGGAAGUGUUAUCCAGUAUGAAAGUGAUGCCACCCAAGCUUGUAGCGACAGUUAGCUAUAGUGUUCGUACAGAUGUGUACGCAUUCGGGACUCUGAUGUACGAAAUUAUGUCUGGGCAGUACCCAUAUUACGGUCUCCAGCCAGAAACAAUUAUUUGGAAGACAUGUGCUAACCAAAAACAACCGCUCGGCAAGAUCAACGCUACCCGAGUUUUAACGAACUUGAUCGAUUUAUGUUGGUCUCAUGAUCCAAAGAAAAGGCCAACGUUCGGAGAAAUUAGCCGAGAGCUUCAUCGAAAUGUAUCUCUGCAUAAACAACACAGUAUUUCUAAUCCGGAAAAUUUGAACAGACUAUGCUUUGUGUAGGACGAUAAUCCAGAACAAAGAACAUCCGGGUCAUUGAGAAAUACGUCAUUACAGAACGGACCAGAGGAUAACCACCAUGUUAGGACAUCAUCUUUAUAACAAUGCGCACAAUCAGUUAUAACGCCUAUCAGUAGCGGAGUGGACAUGUGUGGCUAUUUCCCCGAUACCUUUCAGAAAGAUCUCCAGACACUAAUUAAGAUCUCGUAUUUGAUGCCUGUUUUGUGAUAUGUUGUUACAAGUGACAUAUGUUGUAGUAUUGUUAUUUUUCUUAUUAAGACUUUGUAGUCUAUCACUGUUGAUCCCUUUUUCCCCAAAUAUCUCACUUUCUAUAGUGUAUGCUUAGCCAAAAUAUCCGGAGUAACGAAUUUUUAAUUGAUUAUUCCGGAUUUCAAGAAUAAAAACCUUUGGAGAGGCCU